AUGAUAGUGUUUACCCACCACAUUGGCGACGUCGAUAGUUCCAAGCGUUAUCAAAUGGAGUUGAAGCGCGCGAGAAGGCGGACCGGAGAGCACUCGCCAAACAGCCAACAUCACCGUCACGGCGUGCAGAGCUCGUACAACAAGAACAAAACCAGAAAGCAGGCCAGCUGA